UAAUACUUAUAUGAUACAGUCAUAUUAUAUAUAUAAAAACUACAAGGUGUACUCUCUCCUGAAGAGUCCUCUUACAACACACAUCUUGUAUUUCCGGUACUUUUUCUAGAUUGCCCAUGUGUAUGGAAGUAGGCUGUUCUUUGUGUAGAAAAUCCGAGGCGACGGGGUUUCAGGUUUGAGUUUCUUGCUGCUUCUUUUGACGAUCUCGUAUAUUUAUUCCAACAAAAAUGGCGAUAAUUAAAGAGUCAGAUCACCUCAGAAUACCAUUUCAAGAUAUUGAAAAAGCCACUGGAAACUUCUCAACCCUCAUUGGAAGGGGUGGCUUUGGCUCUGUUUAUAGAGGACAAGUCUCACUCUCUGGGGAACUUACUCCUGUGGCUGUAAAGAAACUUGAUAACCUUUCUAGACAAGGGCUUAAAGAGUUUUUAACGGAGAUCCGAAUGCUCUCUCGUUAUAAACAUCAAAACCUUGUUUCCCUUGUCGGUUUCUCAGAAGAACAGAAUGAAAAGUAUCUUAUCUAUGAGUACGCAGAGCGUGGAAGCCUCGAUAGUUACCUAAAACCAACUAAACCAUGGUGUCCACUUACAUGGAAGCAACGAAUUAAUAUAUGCGUUGAUGCAGCCAGGGGUUUGGAUCAUCUCCAUAACCAUGUUGCAGAACAUGAGCGAGUUAUUCACAGGGAUAUUAAAAGUGCAAACAUUCUCAUCGAUCACAACUGGAAAGCUAUGAUUGCCGAUUUUGGGCUUUCCAAAAUUGGUCGGACAAAUGAGGACGACACAUAUCUUAUUACUAAUGCCUGUGGAACACCGGGUUAUUGGGAUCCAGCAUAUUUCAAUACAGGGAUCCUCACCAAAGAGUCGGAUAUUUAUUCAUUUGGGGUCGUAUUGAUUGAAGUCCUAUGUGGGAGGCUGUGCAUCAUAAAUGCAAACAAUGUUAAUAAAGAAGAACGAUUUCUUACCCCAUUGGCCCUGCGCUACUACAAAGAAGAAAAACUAGAUCUAAUUAUGGAUCGUUAUCUGAAGUACCACAUGAAGUCAGAUUCCAUGAAAGUCUUUUUGGAGAUUGCGUUUCAAUGCUUGCAGGAUGUGCGGGAACAACGACCUUCAAUGGAUUUGGUGUUACAGGAACUUGAGAAAGCAUUGAAAUUGCGAGAAACUGAGGAAUUAGCUGAAAUGCAAGCAUUUGCUAAUACGGUGGAGAAUAAGAAAUGGAAGAAGAAACAGUUGUCACCUCAAGAUGCAAUCAUGUUGAUACAGAGAAAAUUAAGAGCAUAUCUAAUAAGGAAGUCUCGCGUUCUUUGUGCUCAUCGUGAGUUGGGUAUUGUUAAGGGGAAGCUUAAGGAGCUCAUGGCUCUGCUCAACGAUUCCUCUUAUCGUCGUAGGGUGGCUCGUGAUGCAGAUGAAAGACAUAAGUUUUCUGAGAAGAUCAUUGUGCUGUUUCUGACUCUUGAUGCCAUUGAGGGUGCUAAUAUCAUGGCUAGGGCUGUAAAAAGGUCGAUGGUGGAUGAUCUGGAAGCAAUGCUGGACAUUGUGGACCCUCAACCAAGAGGGGGUGAUUCUCUAUCCUUGAAUAUGAGGAUCAUCGACAUGCUAGCCGGUGUGAUCCAAAAGGAAGUAGUAGAAGGUGUGGCUCAGGCGUUUGCUAAGAGGGCGGAGAAGAACAAAGGGAAGAAGAAGGAGUUAUCACCUGAAGAUGCAGCCAUGAUGAUACAGAUUAGUUUUAGAGUAUAUUUGAUAAGGAGGGGUCAGGCUUUACGUGCCCUUCGUGAGUUGGCUAUUGCUAAGGGGAAGCUUAAGGAGCUCAAGGCUUUGUUUAAGAAUCCCACUUAUCAUGGUCGGUUGGCUCAUGAUGAAGAGGAGAGACAAAAGUUUUCUGAGCGUAUCAUUGUGCUUCUUCUCACUGUGGAUGCCACUGAGGGUGCCAAUAUCCUGGUGAGGCAUUCAAAAAGGUCGAUGUUGGAUGAACUAGAAGCAAUGCUAGACAUUGUGGACCCACAAUCAAAACGCGUUAAAUCUCUAACCUUGAAGAGGAGGACAUCCAACCUACCAGAUGGUGGUGUGAUCCAAAAAGAAGUAGCGGAAGGUGUGACUCAGGUUGUCCACGUGAUAGAACUCUACGGCGGUUCUGACACCUUCAAGAGGAUGUGGGAGAAGAACAAAAUGAAGAAGAAGAAGAAGGAGUUGUCACCUCAAGAUGCAGCCACGAUGAUACAGAUAAUGUUUAGAGCAUAUCUGAUAAGGAAGUCUAUGGCUCUUCGUGCCCUUCGUGAGUUGGCUAUUGCUAAGGGGAAGCUUAAGGAGGUCAAGGCUUUGUUUAACAAUUACUCUUAUAGUCGUCGGUUGACUCAUGAUGAAGAGGAGAGACAAAAGUUUUCUGAGCGUAUCAUUGUGCUUCUUCUCACUGUGGAUGCCACUGAGGGUGCGAAUAUCAUGGCGAGGGCUGUAAAAAGGUCGAUGGUGGAUGAUCUGGAAGCAAUGCUGGACAUUGUAGACCCUCAACCAAGAGGGGGUGAUUCUCUAUCCUUGAAUAUGAGGAUCAUCAACAUGCUAGCCGGUUUGAUCCAAAAGGAAGCAGUAGAAGGUGUGGCUCAGGCGUUUGCUAAGAGGGUGGAGAAGAACAACAGGAACAAGAAGGAGUUAUCAGUUGAAGAUGCAGCCAUGAUGAUACAGAUUACUUUUAGAGUAUAUUUAAUAAGGAGGAGUCAGGCUUUACGUGCCCUUCAUGAAUUGGCUAUUGCUAAGGGGAAGCUUAAGGAGCUCAAGGCUUUGUUUAAGAAUCCCACUUAUCAUGGUCGGUUGGCUCAUGAUGAAGAGGAGAGACAAAAGUUUUCUGAGCGUAUCAUUGUGCUUCUUCUCACUGUGGAUGCCACUGAGGGUGUUAAUAUCCUGGUGAGGCAUGCAAAAAGGUCGAUGUUGGAUGAACUAGAAGCAAUGCUAGACAUUGUGGACCCACAAUCAAGAUGCGUUAAAUCUCUAACCUUGAAGAGGAGGACAUCCAACAUGCCAAAUGGUGGCGUGAUCCAAAAAGAAGCAGCGGAAGGCGUGACUCAGGCGCUUGCUAAGAUAUGGGAGAAGAACAAAGUGAAGAAGAAGAAGGAGUUGUCACCUCAAGAUGCAGCCAUGAUGAUACAGAUAAUGUUUAGAGCAUAUCUGAUAAGGAAGUAUAUGGCUCUUCGUGCCCUUCGUGAUUUGGCUACUGCUAAGGGGAAGCUUAAGGAGGUCAAGGCUUUGUUUAACAACUACUCUUAUCGUCGUCGGUUGACUCGUGAUAAAGAGGAGACACAAAAGUUUUCUGAGCGUAUCAUUGUGCUUCUUCUCACUGUGGAUGCCAUUGAGGGUGAUAAUAUCCUAGUGAGGCAUGCAAAAAGGCCAAUGUUGGAUGAACUAGAAGCAAUGCUAGACAUUGUGGACCCACAAUCAGGAUGCAUUAAAUCUCUAACCUUGAAGAGGAGGACAUCCAACAUGCCAGAUGGUGGUGUGAUCCAAAAAGAAGUAGCGGAAGGCGUGACUCAGGCGUUUGCUAAGAUUUGGGAGAAGAACAAAGUGAAGAAGAAGAAGAAGGAGUUGUCACCUCAAGAUGCAGCCAGGAUGAUACAGAUAAUGUUUAGAGCAUAUCUAAUAAGGAAGUCUAUGGCUCUUCGUGCCCUUCGUGAGUUGGCUAUUGCUAAGGGGAAGCUUAAGGAGGUCAAGGAUUUGUUUAACAUUUACUCUUAUCGUCGUCGCUUGACUCGUGAUAAAGAGGAGAGACAAAAGUUUUCUGAGCGUAUCACUGUGCUUCUUCUCACUGUGGAUGCCACUGAGGAUGCUAAUAUCCAAGUGAGGGUUGCAAAAAGGCAGAUGGUGGAUGAACUGGAAGCGAUGCAGGAAGUUGUGAACCCACACCCAGGAAGAGACGAAUCUCUAUCUUUGAGGACAUUCGACAUACGAGAUGGUGUGACCCAAAAAAAAAUGGGAGCACGUGUGGCACAGGUUAUCCGCAUGUUAGAAUAUGCAGAUGGUUCUGAAACGUUUGGAUGAGCUUGUUAGGAAGUCCAUGACUAUGAAACCGGUGUUUUUCUUAGUUUGCAAGUGUUUUUUUUUUGUUGUUACGUAGGUUUAAUCUGUGUUUUAUUGUUACAGUUCUGUAUGUUUCUCUGCUAGUGAGUUCUGUAACCGGCAGAUUGUACUGUGUUUAAAUUAAGUUCAUGUUUUUUUGGC